UUACGCUGGGUGUGUCAAAGUGUUCCUUCUCUGUCCCCUUUCUCUCUCCCGCCAGCGUAUAUCGUAGUCAAUGUAUCUCUCGCCCGUUCUUCCGUUUUCACUCCCCUGCCGCUCUCCGCUUUCCGCCGCCCGUGGAUCCUUGGAAAAUGGUGAUGCAUUGCAUUCUCGGAGGCUUUGUUGUGCCGCACGCCCACGCGCGUCCCUCUACCUUCGGGAUUCGAGAAACGUUCGCGCCUCGUGUGCACUUUUAGCUUCAGCGAUUUUCUGCCAUAUUCGAGCAGACGGAGGCAUCCCUCGGUGUCGUGUGUGUUUGUUCCAAGAUAAAAACGGAAGCUGCGUGAACGCUUAGAGAGAAGAAUCUUUCGAUCGUGGCCACAUUCCGUGCGGUCUCAUCCUCCUUCCAUUCUUCGUGAUACGGUGCACUGACCCUACGCGCGUCUCGGCGUCUUCGAAUCUUCUAACGAGACGAGUUUACGCUUGGCUUCGUGAAAUUCGGGACUUUCCUUUUUUUCCUCGUUGUCGUUACGGGACUCGGAGGAGCUGUACUCCAAUUCGUGUGGAUAGACUCUCCCGUAGGAGCCAUGAGUUAUCAAAUGUCUUCAAACCAGUCCAGACCGAUGUCUCAUGGAAAUUAUCAAGGUCUGGGGGAUCUACCCAUGGGUUCUGCCAAAGAGCAGACCCUAAUGUGGCAACAAAAUUCAUACAUGGGUGAUUCGGGCAUACACUCUGGCGCCGUCACCCAAGCGCCAUCCUUGUCUGGUAAAGAGGAUGACGAGAUGGAAGGCGACCAAUUAAUGUUCGACUUGGACCAGGGGUUCGCCCAAGGGUUUACUCAAGACCAAGUCGACGAAAUGAAUCAACAGUUGAGUCACACGAGAUCUCAGCGUGUUCGCGCUGCGAUGUUUCCGGAAACUUUGGAAGAGGGUAUUGAAAUCCCUUCGACGCAAUUUGAUCCGGCUCAACCGACCGCUGUACAGAGAUUGGCAGAACCAAGUCAAAUGUUGAAACAUGCCGUCGUCAACUUGAUAAACUAUCAGGACGACGCGGACCUAGCAACUCGUGCAAUACCAGAAUUAAUUAAGUUGUUAAACGACGAGGACCAAGUUGUUGUAUCUAAAGCAGCAAUGGUGGUUCACCAAUUGUCGAAGAAAGAGGCUUCUCGUCACGCUAUCAUGAACAGUUCUCAAAUGGUAGCUGCGUUAGUUCGCGCCAUCUCAAACAGUGAUGAUCUUGAAUCGACAAAAGCAGCAGUUGGCACAUUGCAUAAUUUAUCUCAUCACAGACAAGGUUUGCUGGCUAUUUUCAAGAGCGGUGGUAUACCUGCUCUCGUGAAACUCUUGAGCUCUCCGAUGGAAUCCGUUCUGUUCUACGCCAUAACGACGCUUCAUAAUUUACUGUUACAUCAGGAUGGUUCUAAAAUGGCCGUGCGUCUCGCCGGGGGCUUGCAAAAAAUGGUCGCUCUACUUCAACGAAACAAUGUAAAAUUCUUAGCUAUAGUAACGGAUUGUCUGCAAAUUCUUGCAUUUGGUAAUCAGGAGAGCAAGUUAAUCAUAUUAGCUUCGCAAGGACCAAUAGAGCUAGUACGCAUUAUGCGUUCAUACGAUUACGAGAAGCUUCUGUGGACAACUUCCAGAGUCUUGAAAGUGUUAUCAGUUUGUCCUAGCAAUAAACCGGCGAUAGUCGAAGCGGGUGGCAUGCAAGCACUUUCCAUGCAUCUCGGUAACCCGAGUCAGAGACUCGUCCAAAACUGUUUGUGGACGCUACGAAAUUUGUCGGACGCCGGCACCAAAGUCGACGGAUUGGAAGGUUUGCUACAGAGUCUCGUACAAGUGCUUAGCUCGACCGACGUAAAUGUCGUCACCUGUGCUGCUGGUAUCUUGUCGAAUCUUACUUGCAACAACCAACGCAACAAAGUAACGGUAUGUCAGGUGGGCGGCGUCGAUGCUCUCGUUCGUACCAUCAUUUAUGCAGAUAGCCGAGAAGAGAUCAGCGAACCAGCGGUGUGCGCGCUCCGUCAUUUGACGUCACGUCACGGAGAGGCAGAAACGGCACAGAAUUCUGUCCGACUGAAUUAUGGCAUCCAGGUCAUAGUGAAGCUUCUACAUCCAUCUUCACGUUGGCCGCUUGUCAAAGCUGUGAUUGGAUUAAUUCGUAAUUUGGCACUUUGUCCUGCAAAUCACGGCCCGCUUCGCGACCACGGAGCAAUUCACCAUCUCGUUAGGCUUUUGAUGCACGCUUUCCCCGAUACACAGCGGCAGCAACGAUCAUCCGUGGCAAGCACUGGAAGCCAGCAAACGUCGGGUGCGUACGUGGAUAGCGGUGUACGCAUGGAAGAAAUAGUGGAAGGUACCGUAGGAGCGCUCCAUAUUCUCGCGAGAGAAUCACACAAUAGGGUCAUCAUCAGAUCUCAGAACGUUAUUCCGAUUUUCGUGCAGUUGCUAUUCAAUGAGAUCGAAAAUAUUCAACGCGUAGCGGCUGGAGUACUUUGCGAGCUUGCCGAUGAUAAGGAGGGUGCUGAGAUGAUCGAACAAGAAGGCGCUACUGCUCCCUUGACGGAGUUGCUUCAUUCUAGGAAUGAGGGUGUCGCGACUUACGCGGCAGCCGUGUUAUUCCGCAUGAGCGAGGACAAACCGCAAGAAUACAAGAAACGUUUGUCAAUGGAACUCACGAACUCUUUGUUCCGUGACGAUACCAAUCUCUGGAACGCUGACUUUGGGAUGCCUCCAGUUUUGCAGGACAUGCUUGGCCCUGAUCAAGGCUAUGAUGGUAUGUAUGGACAAGGACCCCCUAGCGUACACAGCAGCCACGGAGGCCGAGGGUACCAACCGCAAGGGUAUGGCCAGAUACCAGUAGAUUCGAUGCAAGGAUUGGAGAUAGGUGGAGGGUCGACAUACGGCGCAAUGGACACUAUGGACGUAGCGCACGAGGGCGACCUGAGUUUCGAUCAUUUAGAAGAGCUUCCGGCACCGCCGCAAGAUAACAAUCAGGUUGCAGCCUGGUACGACACCGAUCUCUGAAACCGUGCCAGCGCCCAAUUCUCGCCGGAGAAACGGACUAGUGAGGCUCUUAAGUAAUUUUAACACAGACUAGGCGUCGUCGUCGUUUUACUCUCACCCUGUAUCGAUCGAGAUCUAAAGAAUUUUUUGACGAAUAAACGUGGAACGGGAGGUUCCUACGAGCGAACAUCACACGACACACACGAAUACUCUCGCAGACACACACAAGGCAGACACGCACACGGAAAUGUAUUACAUACACAUAUACACACGAAGAGUGCGGGGCAACUUUGAAGCUUGUUUUUACGCGAAUGAGACAGGGUACGGAAAAAUCGUGUUACGCGAUCACUGCAGCGUCGAGAAUAACUGCAUUGAUUCCUAGAAAUAUGAAGCCGGUUACGCUACAUACAAAUAUAUAAAUACAUACAAAAAAAUAUAUAUAUAAAUAUAUAUAUAUAUAUAUAUAUAUAUAACUUACCAAUGUCGUACCUUAGAUAUUUAUAAUAAAAAAAAGGAAAAAAAAAUAUAUAGGGAAAACUCGGAGCUGUUGUCGCGACGCGAGAUCAUCGUUGCCGAUGGUUAAACAUAGCGAUUACACUUGUCAAGUGACAUCGUAAACGGUGGCCGUGACUUGUCAUCCAAAAGCCCCGAUGGAUUAUAAGUAACACGGUAUCGAUUUUAUACCUUCCCUUUUUUUUUACGUAUCUUAAAACAAGAGGAAAAAAAAAAAAUUUGUUAAUGCGUCGGGAGAAAGACGAUGUCACGUUUAAUAUCGUAGAUCUAAGAAGUCAGGGUGAGAAAAUGUUGAACGUGCGAGUCGAACGUAAACGUAUUCAAUGUCCGUUCAGUAUUUUAUUUCACGUGGCCACGUUCCCGUCGUGCGCAUAAGCGAUCCGUGAAAAGCUUGUUCCGACGAAACCACGAACUGUAAAAUUUGUAGAAUUGCGAACUUGUUUUCACCGAGAUUGUAACUUCGAGUGCGUUUUUCUUGAGGACGAUUCAGAUCAGUUUCGCUAAACGCCAGACCAAGUCGAUUCAUUUCUGUUUAUUUUAGGGACCAUUCAAUUACGCGCGAGUCAAAUCCGCUGCUGGCGCAUCGUUCAGUUCGUUUGAAUUUGUAAAACCACCGAUACGGCAAACUAAAAAUUAAACGACGAACGAUGGAAACAUACCGCAUUUUUUUUUUUUUUUUUUUUUUUAUAUCUAUAAAUAUAUAUAUACACACACAUACUCGUUGCAUUUCACGAUUGUACUUGCGUGCAUCCGUAUUCGAAUACAGAUCCUUGGAAACUCUUUGGUCGAUCUCUGUUCAGCCCGGCUGUCGUUUAUUUUGUUAACGCGCGACAGCACGCAUUGUAUUGUCAAGAAAACCACUUUGCUGGGGAUGACGUGUCCGGGAUGGGAGAAAGUAGGGUUCGUAGAAAAUCAUUUUCUCAUCGCGUAUCGAUGAACCUUGCGAAUUAUUCAUCGAGCUUCUGUUUUCACGUUGGCAGGAUACGCGGUUUCUCGCGUAAGGCGAACUCGGUAUGCGCACGUCACGGCCAGUCUACUGGUUUGUGUCGUAAGCUGUCGCAGUGUUUUCUCAAAUUUCCAUUUGAAAAAAAAAAAAAAAAACCGUCGCGAACUUAUGACACGACCCCAUACACGGAAAUGCAAACUUCUUGCGAUUCCCUAUGGUUCACCCUGCCGCCUAACGACGCCGAUCUCACCAGGUGAAUUUUAGAAAGUAAGUAUUCGAUCUCUGCUGUUACGUGCGUGCGUGCGCAUACGUAGAAAAACGAGGAUACUCGCGACUCGGACGAGUGUCGAAUUAGAGGGAUAAAAAUAAAGUGACGAAUGCGCGGCGAUCGUACGAUACCUUUGUCGGAAUUCUUGCGAUCGAACCGAUCAAUAUAAAUGCGAGGUGAUACAGAAUAUCGGCAGUAAAGUUUCUCACGUUCCCGCGAGUUGUCACUGAUAUUUUCCUGUACGCCUCUUUGGCCGUAGCUGUACGGUAAAAUGUCAAAGAUGAUAGUUAAAUCGUGCGUCGACAGGAGAAAACGCACUGCCCCGACACCGUCGAUCGCUUGAGUAAUCGAUUAUAUCAUAGAUCUCCUCCGAAACUUGUGAAUUGCAGAGAGCGAUUACCUAUUUAUACCGCUAAUCCCCGAAACGAAUAGUAUCAUUCUCGAGUAUCAGUGAAUUACAAUCACGAUUAAAUAUAAACGAAUAUCAAUGAACUUUCGCAUUACGUAUUUUACAGGGUAGUUAUACUUAAUUUUUAUUAUUAUCAUUAAACGUAGUUUACGCAAUCGUGGCGGGGUACCCAGCAUCGUUUCGAUGCCGUGUACGCGCCUUCGAUCGCUGUCGAUGUACUAGACCUAAGAGAGAAACACGUAAUUCGUACACACCAUGUAUAUGUAUCGUUUAAUUGUCCAUACGAAUAAACUGAACGAUUAAGUACUCGAA